CAAUCCAUGACGUUCCAUAGCACAAAUAAACAGCAACAAUACUUGACAGAUGUAGCUAGCUAGCUUAUACCAUAGAAGAAAGAGAAGCAGAAACUAGCUAUCAUGGCUGCUUCCGUGGUUAGGUGGUUGAGGGGAUUGUACGUUUUCUUUUUGACAUGUCAGCUAUCCGUCUUGGCUUUCUUGAAUCUAGAGGAAUUAAACGAGGUGAAAUAUGGGAUCCAGAUUCUUCCCGAUCCUGUCAUUAUGGGGCAGGCUAAGACAGAAGAAGUCAUGCUGGUGUCCAGCAAAUACAAGCAGAUGUAUGAAUGUCGCCUUCCAGCCCAGGCAGUGAGGUUUCACCAGGACCGAGCCUCUGAGCCUGACUCCCAAGGCUACACCGGACCAGGCAUCCCAGACCUGCUCAAGCCCAUGCACACUGCCCCCUGCCUAGUGAAGACAAAAGACUGGUGGACAUAUGAGUUCUGUUAUGGACAACACAUUAGACAGUACCACCUUGAGGACACAGACAUCAAAGGGGAUGUUCUCUUCCUGGGGUACUAUGAUUCAGAGUUUGACUGGAACAAUGAAACAGCCAAGGCCUCCAAGCAACACAGACUGAAGCGCUACCACAGUCAGAGCUAUGUCAAUGGCUCCAAGUGUGACCUGAACGGGAACCCCAGGGAGACUGAAGUCAGGUUUGUGUGUGAGGAGGGCUCGGGGGACUACGUGGCCCGUGUGGAUGAGCCCCAGUCGUGCCGCUAUGUGCUGACGGUCCACACCACCCGCACCUGCCAGCACCCCUUCCUGCGCCCGCCCUACACCGCCAAGCCCCAGGGCAUUGUGUGCCAGCCAGCCCUCAGCACCCAGCAGUACAUGGACUAUGUCAAGGCCCAAGUCUCGGAUACGAAACGUAAAGUGGAGCAGAUCUCAGAGGAGCUGAAGACUCUUGAUGAGAUGUUGGCUGGUGACGAGGGGACAGACGAGGACUCAGCGACGCCAACUGAUGACCCAGAUGUCCUGGGGUCAGACACAAAAGAUGCAGUUCUGACCUCUGAAGAGCCCGAGGAUUCUGAUUUCUGGGAGGGAGUGACAAAGCCAGGGAGUACCACAGCAACUGACACCACUUCAGAGCAUCAGGCUGGAGAGGAUGCCUAUGAUAAUCAGCUCACAGACAAUGAGGUCACAGAGGAUGCUUUUGGAGAUGAACAAUUUAACUUCAAGAUCAUCACUGACCCUGCAGACCUGAUGAAAUUUGUGCAGCAUCUCAAAGAGAGCAACAGAAAGAAAGCAGAAAAUGAAGCCAAACAAGAACGAGAGGAACUCCAAAACGAGAAGGAAAAGGAGAGGGAUGAGGAGGGGGAUGAAGAAGAGCAUCUCUUGCUGCAGGAGUUUGAGGAGGAGAUAGCUGACAUCUCAGUGCCUUCUGCCAACAUUGAGGAAAUGAAAGGGGAAAUGCAAAAGGAGUUUGACAACAUCAUAGACGAGGCUCAGCAAGAACUGGAGACCGAGGGUCUGAAGGGGGAGUUUGACCGCACUCAGGCAACCCAGACCCUGGAGGCUACUCUGGACAAGCUGCUGGACCGCCUGGAGGACAAAGAGGCCAGGGACACAGAGGCAGAGCCCCAGACAGAGGGAGGCCAGAGGGCCAACGACCCAGCCAGGGGUAGUCCCAGCCUGGCCCCUCGACAGCCAGACCAAGCGGCUGACGACCUUGUUAAGAUCAGAGUUACUAAGUAUAAGACAGGCAGCAGUCCCGAUGGGGAGGUCAAAGUUCAGGAGAUGGGCGAAGGUGACCCCCAGUGGCAGCACAUUAAGGACGUGGUUAAAGAACAGCUAGAGAAGGCGGGACUGAAGGCCGAAGGUAAAAUUGAGGUGAAGAUUAUAACACGAAGGACAGCUGAGGAGGCUGGGGACCAGUGGUUGACUGAAGAAGAUACCAAGUCCUUCAGAGAGCUGCUCAUCAACCUACUGACAGGGGGAACAGAAGAGGUUUACAAGGAGCAAAAGAGACAGCAGGAGUUGGAAAACAACUACAGAUUUGUAUGGGGAGAGAGACAGGAAGAGGCCCAGUCCACCAGUACUGCACCGGACUCGGAUGAUGUGGAGAUAUGAGCUCUGGGGAGACGUUUCCUCGCAUCGUGGGAACCAAGCACCUGUGGAGACAAGGAGUGUCCCUCUCCCCUGUCAGAGCUCUGAACUCACUGUCAAGUCUCAGCCUCCCCUGGGGCCCCACUGGUAAAACCAGUGUCCACAGACACACCUGUUUCCACACUCAGAAAUAUGUUGUGUCCGUAUCAGGCACUUAUGUACCUUGCACAAACCAAUCCAAUUGUCUCAGCUGUGGUAGUGUAAUAGUGUCAGGUUUUUUUUCUCUCUAGUGAGAGGCCAAUGUGAUGGCUGAAAAAGCAUUAUUUCAAUGUUGAUUGCUAUCAGUUGGAAUCAGAGGAGGGUGAAAAACACCAUGGACUGGACAAUUUGCACAUGUGAAAAUGUCUCUUUCUUGGACUGUAUAUGAUGUUGAACUUUGCAUUUCUACAGAACUAUGAUACCCUCUCCUGUAUCCACAUAGCAGUGCUUAUAAUUACUCCUCUGUAUUUGUUUGCUGCUCUACACUGAUUAAAUCACCUCAAUGAGUGAUGCACUGGGGGAAUUGACCUGCUAUUUACGCUUGGCUUCACAACUGGAUGAAUACAAUAUGUUUGCAAAAUGAGUGUUUUGUUCAAUUGAUCUUUUAUUUUUUAUUUUUUUAUUCUGCAAUGUUUAAAAAGAAUGCAGGUUUGGAAUCCUGAAAAAGAUUGAGACACAUAUGCUGUUGUAGGCUGGGUACCAGUGUCUCCACUCUCUGUACACCAUGUCAUGUGCCAAAGAGGCUGGCCUUUCUGCUAUCUUCAAUUAACAUUCUAUUGUUAAUGAGCUCGAGCAGAUCCUGAUUCGAUCGGAAUUUUUGUCACUUUUUUUCUCCACAGAGCAUGUUGGUAUCCGGUUGCUUUUUUUUGUUUGUCCAGAUGAAACCAAUCUGUCGAAAGUUUCUACAGUAGCACACGUCUAAAUUCUCAAACUAAAUACAUACUGCAAUUCCAUCCACAAAAUGUCUUAAUUCAACUUGCUAACAGCUAAAUGUUUUUUAAAACUUUGUUAUAAAUUAUCGUUCUAUUUCCGAUGUUCCACAUGUUGUCAAGGUAAAUAUGUUAAUUCCGGCAGCCACAGAGCAACUCCGCUAUAAAUCCAGCACAUAUUAAACAGUCUCUUUGGCAAUGACAAGGGGUGGAAUGUUAGUCUGAGUACCAGCCUCUUAAGCUAAUGUUGUGGUUUAGAGGUUGAACCACAGUUUAAAUCAGAAUGAGUGUCAUUUAGUAUAGCUUUUCCUCUUUAAUUACAUUACCAAGUUAACUUCGUCAUUGUGGAAUUGACAUGCUUGUUGAAGCAAUCAUACUUCAUAUGGAUUUUGUAGUGUUUUAAAAGAUGAGAAAUGUUUCUGGAAACUUGACAUUUAUAAAAUUUGAAUGUUCAAAACCGUUA